ACGGUGGAGUUGUCCGUAGCAUAGUUCAGUUCGAUCCAAAAACCCUUAGCGUUCACAUCUCUUCUCCGGAAAACAAGUGAAAAAAUAAAUUCAAAAUCGAGUGAAAAAAAAAAAAAAACUACACAACCGAAUCACAAAGUGGAAACCCCUCAGAAACACGUGGAUUCAGAUACAAUUCGCUGUAAAUUUGUGGUGUUCCCCGAAAAAGCAAAGCUUGUUUUAGUACAGAUUCGACAACCUUUUGCGCAGCCGUCACUACUUUCGGAAAAGACAGGUUAAUACAGGAAGAUGCCAAUAAUGACCGCACGUCGCCAGUCCCGCCAGGGCAACAACAACAACAAUCGCAACACCAACCUUGGCAACCUCAACAAGAUCGACGAGGGAGGAGCCGGAGAUGUGGCCCGCCGCGAGGAGGGGGAGGAUUGGAUGGAAAUGGUGCAGCAAGCGCCGGACAAUGUGCACAUGCGUUCGAGCUCGAUGGCGGCGGUGGUCAACCGGGAGCGGUACAACCGCAGCCGCAGUGUUCCGGUCAGGAGGGGCCCAAUGCGUCGCACUCGACGCCUGAACAGCUUGACUGUGCCGACGAUGAAUAGCUUCUUCCACGAUUUGGCCCAACGCACCAAAUCGACCAUUGCCGCCAACGAGGGCAUUGUGCUACUCUAUCUGGCCCUCAUCCUGGUGCCAAGCAUCAUGGAGCUGGGUCCACGCAUUGAAUUUCCGGCUCAUUGGGAACAAACGGGUAUCUUCUGCUUUCUGAAGCGCCGUCGUCUCACCAUGACCUUCACUGGCAACGCGUUGCGUGUUCUAAUCCGCUCCUGCAUUGGCGCCAUUAUACCGCUGAUCAGCAUGCUGACCAUGGAGAGUCCAGAGCAAUGUAAAAUGAGGAUUCCCCGCGAGGAGGGACCAGAUAUGGAGGUGCCCGUCAAUCUGAAUAUCUACUGUAUCAAUCUAUUGCCUUACAUACUCCGCCUGAAGGCCGGAUUCUGUCUGUUCGUCGGCGACACUUGGAUCGCCUAUAGCGAUCAGGUGCUCACCAUCGCCGAGACGUUCAACACCUGGCGCAUACUGGUCUAUCUGAAUCAGAUUAUGCAGCUCGUCUACGCCUUCGAGCUGUUGCUCCUCAUGAUCCAGGGACUAUUCGGUUUGAUUCAGUCCUAUCGCAUCUUCAAGAAAUUCUCCGGCAAGGAUAACUACCAUGUGCCGCAGUUCGAGGACUUCGGCCUGAAGAACAGCUUUUGGUUCAAGCCCAGCAGGCACACCAUUGUCGUUUACCACGCCUUUAGGGAGCGCGCCUGGGCCUAUCUGCAGCUGCACGCCCCACACUUCUAGAUUCUAUAAGGAGCCCCAAGCUCAAGUUCUGCCACUGACCAAAUUCAAAAGGCAGGAAAUUCAAAUUACACGAAACGCUGGCAACGCUGGAUGCUGAUAUUGAUAUUGAUACUGGCACACUAAACAGGGGAUUGGCCUAAUUUGGCCAAGGGACCUAACUAUACUAAUGCUAAUCUAUUCAAAAUGAUUUCCCCCAGAAAAGGAAGAGGAAAUCAUUUCGUACUUUUUUUUUGGAUGAACGCGUUAUAUUUACACAUAUAUUUAUACAUUAUAAAUAAAAUAAUUAUGACCCAUC